AACAUUAAAAUACUCAGAGUAUUAAAAUAUUCUAUAGUAGUUCAACACUGAAAGUAGCCAUUCUGCACAACGAUACAUUAAGUAUGUUUCUGUACUUCCACUGAAUGCAGGACUUUUAUCUGUAAUUUAGUAUUUUAGACUGGUAAUCUGUAUCGGCCUUCUUCUUUUACCACUGUUCAUAUGCAAAACCACACCAAAUAUGUUUUCCAUAUCUUAGAAAAUAUCCAAUCAAUAUGCUUUUAGGACUGCAGAACGAGACCAAAUACAGUGAGAUUUUACAUUUCAGGCACGGAAGGUUUUGGGGUUCAUAUUUUGUUGCAAACAGUCUAGCACGGUAAAAUAUUAUAAAUACAUUAAAGUAAACUGAUAAACUACUAAAACAAAAUGUGGAGGUUAUAAUGUGUCGGUGCACCAUCCGGUCCAGCCGGUGGCGGUAAUGCAGCUAGUUAACCAAUAAACACCACAGAAGAAGAAGUAGAGAGCGCGGAAACAACAUGCACGUAUCCAAAGUUCGAGGCUGCUAUCAUUAGCGUUAAAUUAACGCAUCUUUUCCUGUGAUUAACUGGACUUUAAGAGUGUAUGAGGCUGUGGGAGGGUCUGUGUUACAAACAUGGAUAUAUUUAGGGAAGAGACGGACUUUACGGAUAUCCGGAUGGUCCAAAGGGUUGUGGAUUUGUUUGAGAGUCGUGCUGGAAUCCAAACGAUAGUAAGACUUGGCCUAAUUGCCGGUAUGAAUCACGAUGAUGAGCAAGAUGUUACGGAUAAGGAUGAUUAUGACGAUUGGGUUCAUGGGCAUAAUAUUUUCCCUGGAUACCCGAACCUCUCUGGCUGGAGCAGUGAUAGAGGAUUAGGUGCAAGCAGAACAAGGUCACCCAGCUCCGUUUAUCAGCUCCCACACCAUUACUUCACGCCAUCCUGUGAGCUGCCUCGUCCGGCCUCUGUGGAGGUUCAGCCAAAGGCGAGUGACUAUGAAAGAAGAGCCAAAUUAUUGGAAGAAAAAGGCAAAGAAAAGACUGAGAAGAAGCGGCUUAAGAAACAGAAACGUAAGGAAAGAAAACGGCUUGAAAAGGAAAAGCAGAACUCCGUAACAAACAAAGAGGAAAAAGAUGAGGCACAGCAGUCUAAAUCAAAGGAGAGCAAACCAGAUGAAUCCAAAGACAUGUCCGGUGUGAAGCAGCUGGCUUCAGCUCAAGAUGCAGAGAGCAGCGAGAGCAGUGAGGACGAAUCCAGUGAUGAAGACAGCGACUCUGAGGAACUGGACAUGACGAGUACUUUUGUGAGUAAAGCUGCUCUGAUAUUGAGGCGUAAAUUGGAGCAGAAUCCCCGGCCUGAGAGGAAAAAAAAAAUUGUCCCAGUUAAAGAAGAACUUAAAACGUUCCCUGACAAACCUGAAGAAGAGCCGGAGGGUGAAAAGAAGGAUUGUGCCGUCCCCAGCAGCCCCACUUUAGAAGAUAAUAUAAAAAUAAGUACCGAUCUUGCAGUUGUUGGAAAUAAGUUAGCAAGUGCUGGAGACUUUAAUAUGGCCGUGAAGUAUUUCACGGAUGCAAUUAAGUACAACCCUACAGAGUUUAAGCUGUUUGGCAAUCGCUCCUUCUGUUUUGAAAAGACGCAACAAUAUGAGAAGGCGCUGACGGAUGCAGAGCUGUCUCUCAGCAUGUGUCCAGGCUGGGUUAAAGGCCAGUUCAGGAGGGGAAGGGCUCUGGCAGGUCUCAAGAGGUAUGAGCAGGCUGCCCAGGCCUUCAGGGGGGUUCUUGAGCUGGACCGUACAUGUGCAGAAGCUGCUCAAGAACUGUUCCGGGUGCAGAUGGCACAACUAAUGGAGUAUGGUUUCACUGGUGAGCAGAGCUCCAACGCUUUAAUUAUUCACGGCACAGUUAAAAAGGCUCUAGAGGUGCUGUCCAAAUUAAACCAUCCACUAGGAGCUAUUCAAAAUGUAAUUCUCCAACCGGCUCAAAUGGCAAAUGUCAGCGGAGUGUCUCCAAUCCUCUCCGCCAACACGACCGCUGCGCUUCUUCAUCCUCAUCCUCAUCAGGCCCACGAUGCACCAAACACAUUUAAGAACAAACCUUUAGUCCAGAAUAUGUCCAAUGUCCAGAGUCAGCCAAAGCCCUUUCCAAAGCCGGCCUUGAAGACCAACAAUGAAGACAGUCAGCCAGCGCAGGAGCUGUUUCCAGUUUGGGUGGGAAACUUGGUCCACUCAGUGACUGAGUCCAUGAUAAGCAACGUGUUUAACAAAGUCGGGCUUGUCUAUAGUGUGAAGGUUCUCAUUGAGAAACGAUGUGCCUUUGUAAACUUUACUAAACAAGAGCAUUGUGAUGAAGCAAUCCGACGGUUGCACGGCUUUGAGCUGAACGGCAUGAAGAUAGCUGUGCGCUACCCCGACAGGAUCCCUCCAGGAAUGGGUAUUGCCAGAUCUGCCCUCAGAGCUGACGACCUGCAAGACGAGAAUAUGAGGCACAACGAGUACGCUGAUGGGAGGAAUGCAGCUGGAGGCCGAAGACCUUUUCGUCCUUUCAGACCAGCCCCCGAGUACAGAGGCAACCACAAGUACUGAGAGGAAAUAUGAACUUCACAAUAAAAGCUGAAUAAUCUCUAGUAUCGACAAGGUUUUAAAGCUUUGCCUCCUUUAAGUAUUUUUAGUGUAUCAGAGUUUUUUUAAGAAGGAAUGUAAGUAUUAGUCACUGAAAAUGACUUCUGCUGAUCUAAUAUCUUUUAUAUUUUUUGAAAAAGGAAAAGACUUGAUGUGAUAUGAUGGUACUAACAAACGCUUCUUUAUGCCAUGAUUGUUAAAGCCUGAUAUUAUACAUUUCAUUUAAAAUGUCGGUAAUGAGAAGUAUAUAACAGCUGGUUCACAAUAAUUAUAAUGUCUGAGACCGUUUUAUUCCUUUUAUGAUGGUAUUCGCAUUAGGCCCCAGAAUCCAGUAUCACAGCAGCUUUAGAAAUGAUUCAAGUUAAGUUAGUCAAUUAUUAUUUUUAGUCAUCAUUAUUGGUGACUUCACAAUAAGAGCCUGUAUUCAUAAAUAUCUUCAUUCUUCACUAUCAUUUUAAUACAAGUUGCCGUUUUAUCCUCUAUAAUACAUCAAGAAUUAUUUUGUUGCAUACUGUUUAUUUCCUAAUGGGUUUUAUCAUCAAGAUGACUUUAAAGUCACAGUUCUUCAUCUGUGGUUGAUCAUAAGAUGUCUUAUUUUAUUCACAUGCCUUCACUAAUUAUGAGUUUGUCUUCUUAAUGCAAGAAUUAAAGAUUCUGAUUUCCUG